AUGGCUUUGGAAGAACUCCACCUAAGUUCAAACCGACUCACCGGGUCAAUACCUUCGUUGCUGACAAAUAUCACAAGGUUAGACAUCUCCAACAACAAAUUUUCAGGAGUAAUACCAUCAAAUUUUGAAGCCCCCAAGCUUGAAAUGUUGCUUAUCUAUUCAAAUCGAAUUGGUGGGUACAUUCCAGAUUCUAUUUGCAAAUUGCAACAAUUAUCGUAUCUGGACUUGUCGAACAAUUUUUUUGAGGGUGAAAUUCCUCAAUGUUUUGACAUCCAACAAAUGAAAUAUCUUUUGCUCAGUAACAACAGUUUAUCAGGAAGAUUCCCAGCAUUUUUGCAGAACAACACAUAUUUGGAGUUCUUGGAUCUUGCAUGGAACAAGUUAUCUGGAAGAUUGCCUACAUGGAUAGGAGAUCUGGGGAAACUGCAUUUUGUAUUAUUGAGCCACAAUGCAUUUUCGGAUAAUAUUCCGGUGGACAUAACAAGGCUUAUGGUUCUUCAGUACUUGGAUUUGUCAGGCAACAAUUUCUCUGGUUCAAUACCUUGGCAUCUAUCAAACCUAACACUUAUGAAAAAGGUACAUAAGCAGCAGUUCAUGUAUAUUGAUGAUGGAUAUACUGGAUCAGAAAUGGACGGCAUGAUCCAGAUGAGUGCUGGUCGGUUGAAAGAAAUAUUCUUAGUAGUUACAAAAGGACAGCAGCUUGUGUAUGGUAGAGCAUUUGCAUAUUUUGUGAGUAUUGAUUUAUCAGGUAACUCCUUGACUGGUGAAAUCCCUACAGGCAUCACUUCCCUUGCUGCACUAAUGAAUCUGAAUUUAUCGUCGAACAAAUUGAGUGGACAAAUUCCAAACAUGAUUGGGUCCAUGCAAUCAUUGGUGUCUCUCGACCUCUCUCGGAACAAGCUCUCUGGUGAAAUGCCGUCGAGCUUGUCAAGCCUGGCAUCGUUGGCUGCCUUGAACCUGUCCUACAACAAUUUAUCUGGAAGGAUACCCUCUGGCCGCCAACUUGACACCCUCAAUCCGUACAACCCGUCUAUUAUGUACAUAGGAAACACUGGACUUUGUGGGCAUCCCCUCCAAAAUAAUUGUCCAGGAAAUGAUUCUUUCAUCGUCUAUGGUGAUCUUGAAAGCAGUAAGCAACAGUUUGAUCCACUGACCUUUCAUUUUGGUCUUGUGCUGGGACUUGUGGUGGGGCUCUGGGUGGUAUUUUGUGCCUUGUUGUUCAAGAGGACAUGGAGAACUGCUUCUUUUCGGCUCUUCUUCAAGGUGUAUGAUCAAGUCUAUGUAUUUGUGGUUGUGAAGUGGGGAAGCUUCACAAAGAACACAGCCGCAGAAUAA